UUCUGCCGGUGGCACGGCUGGGAGCUCCGAGCUUGUAUGGCGCGAGGGUCCGGCUGGCCGUUCGCAGAACCGCGCCGACCUGGAUGUGUUCCUCUUCUUAUGCCGUGGAUCGAACUUGAAAACAGCUCAAAGCCUCUCUCAAUGUUCUGUGGAGAAAGGUUCCAACCUCAGUGAAAUUGGUGUUCCGUGACUUUCAUACGUAAGAAACCUCCACGAUGAAAGCACAACUGCUCGCAGCGCUCUUCGGUACGGCCCUGUCGUCGCCAGCGGUGGUGGCAGCAGCCGACGGCCCCGUCUCGACUCCGUCGCCGACGACCCUGCAGCCCGGGGCGUACUGGAUCCGCGCAGUGGUGCCGCCCAACUACCACAAGUACCUGCAGACGAUCCCCGCCAACGUGCCCGGUACGGCGGUGCUCGAGUCGCACACGACGGCGGGCCAGUUCAACAUCGACGCGGACGGGCAGCUCGUCAACAAGGUGUCCAACCCGCCGCUGUACCUGUGGGUCGAGGAGCCCGCCGACAAGGCCAGCCCGCCGCGGACGCUGGCCACCUUCUUCAACACGACCAAAAAUCCCUUUGGCACGUUCGCCUGGCAAGGGGAUACCCUGACGUGGUCGGUGCCGAGCAUCAGGCGGCAGAACACGGCCGCCUGGCUCGUGUGUGCGAAGCAGGCGCUGUUCAUCAACACGGGCGCGUACGGCUACCAGACGCCUGCGGGAUGCGCGGAUCAGACGAUCCAUUACUACAACGACAAGACGGCAAACAACUGAGGUGCAAGGGCCAGUAGAAAGGAACGAGAAUUCGUGGCAUGCAGAUUAUGUUGCGGCCGUCCCUCUUCAGACGUCUUAUGCUGUGCGUGUUGGUAUGGCGUCUGCUCCGGGUCGUGAUGCGAUGAUUAAUGGAUACGAAAACUCCAACUCGGAGCCGAAUGGAUGUUCCAGGAAUUCGAUGUUGAUCAGUCCGGCGGCUCGUCGAUUGCUCUCAGACUGCAAACUG